GCUCAGCCACGGCUCGAAACGACGAGAAACGGCGACGACGGUGACGAAAGCGUGUAAUCGCGCGGUAUCGCUGCAAGAAACAGACGGGUACGUACCAGCUUUCACAUUGGUGAAAAACGUUCGCGUCGACCGAAGCAUAAAUAAGGAGACGCGCGCGCCGUCGAGUCGAGCAGGUUAAAUUAUCUUGGCGAUCUCGGCGGCCGCUUGUGUUCGUUGGUCAGCAGGUGUCUCCUAGUACGUCAUGUUCAAAACCACAAUCGUUUCGCACUUGACAUUCUUCCGCGUCUUACAGUUGGUCGUAAUUAUCAUUGUUUGCGUUGCACACGCAAGCGGAAUGAAACGCGAACGGAUACUUCCAUCAUCGGGUCCUGAAUCUGCGCAUGAGCCCGGAAGAUUCAGGAGAAAGUGGAACGAUCACGACCACGACCACGACCACGACCACGACCACGGGGAGUCUAGUAUAUCCGCGAUAAGCAAACAACUUUUCCAAGAUAUUUUUACCGAACACGGAAACGAUGAUCGAUUACAAUUCGGUUACGUUUGCGAAAAUCCUGAUCAAUGGGAGCAAAGAUUCGAAGAAAAAGAUUUGCGAAACAAUCGUCAUCGCGGAAAGGUAAAAUGGGGAAACGUGGACGGUGGCUACGGUGAACAUUAUUGGGACAUAAAUUACAAGUAGCGUAUCCGCACACACGACCUGUUGCUUUCAUCGUUAUUUUCCAACUGCUUCGAACUAAACCCAGUUGCUACUAGCCAGCUAGAUCUGCUGGAUAGACUUGUGUGAAAUAAACAUACAUGAUGCUACCUUUGAGCGCUUAGUUAGAGCGUAUGCUACUGGAGGUGGUAGCACUCCAACGGUAACGCGCGCGUUACCAGGCCGUACAAAGGGACAGCUAAUCUCAAUCUCGUGUUAUCUCUCUCCCUAACUAGAGAAGCCUGUCAGUCGGAGAGAAAUAGCGAGCAGCCAGUCGUGGCGCAAUUAGAGAGAGAUAGCACGGGAUCGAGACUAGCUAUCACUCUCUAUCUACGAAACUGGUAACGCGCGUGCUACCCCCAGUAGUAUAUGCCGUAUAUGCUCGAAGGGUGCUGCUGCGGUGGAAUGUUGAGCGUGCACGAAAUGUUGCGGAAAGAAAAGUACGGACAGUUGCUGACAAGUAAGUAUUGGAGGAACGAUAGAUCCUGUGAUAAUUAGACGGUACUUCGGGCGGCUGCGGCUGCGGCUGC